CUGGAGGGGGGGUAUUGGGGGGUUGGUGGUGGUGGUGGUGGUGCUCGGAAAGAAAAAAAAAACGGCUCCGCUGUUUUGCCUUCCGAAACGUGGAGAGGCAUCACCUAGCCGGCUAAUAUUAGCUCGCGCUGUAGCCAGCUACUAUUCCCACCCGCAGCCCGCGUCCUUAAAAAAGCACGCCACCGGGCACCGACGGUCUCCGGCGGUCAUAUCGGCGGCGGGAUCCCCGCUCAGAGGACGGAAAGGAAGCGAGUUGUUAGCAACGAGGCUAAGUUAAUGACAACAUGUCGUUGGCGUCGACUAACUUCUUCCCGUAUUACCCGGCUGCACAAGAAGCGGCUCGGUUGUGACUGAAGAAAGUUCGUAAUCCGGAUCGAAUGUACAGAUCAGCAGUGUGUUAUGCUGGCCACGGUCCACCUAAGAGUAUCAGUGAUGACACAGAGACCAACAAUGAACAUGGACAUUUGAAAAUAUACCUGCCCAAGAAGCUGCUUGAAUGUCUACCAAAAUGCACCUCGCUGCCAAAGGAGAGACACCGGUGGAACACAAAUGAGGAGAUCGCGGCUUACUUGAUAACAUUUGAAAAGCAUGAAGAAUGGCUAACGACGUCCCCUAAAACAAGGCCGCAGAAUGGGUCGAUGAUAUUGUACAAUAGGAAGAAGGUGAAGUACAGAAAGGAUGGCUACUGUUGGAAGAAGAGGAAAGACGGGAAGACCACACGGGAGGAUCACAUGAAGCUGAAAGUGCAGGGAGUCGAGUGUCUGUAUGGCUGCUACGUCCACUCCUCCAUCAUCCCCACCUUCCACCGUAGGUGCUACUGGCUGCUCCAGAACCCCGAUAUCGUGCUCGUCCACUAUUUGAAUGUGCCAGCCAUCGAGGACUGUGGUAAACCGUGCGGUCCCAUCCUGUGCUCCAUCAACACCGACAAGAAGGAGUGGGCCAAGUGGACGAAGGAGGAACUGAUUGGCCAGCUAAAGCCCAUGUUUCAUGGCAUCAAGUGGACUUGCAGCAAUGGGAACAGCAGCUCUGGCUUCUCAGUGGAGCAGCUAGUGCAACAGAUUCUGGACAGCCACCAAACUAAGCCACCUCCCCGGACUCACAACUGCCUCUGCACGGGCACCCUGGGCGCAGGGAGCAGCGUGCACCACAAAUGCAACAGCGCCAAACACCGCAUCAUCUCCCCGAAGGUGGACCCCCGCUCAGGCAGCUACAGCACUGCUCACUCUGAGGUGCAGAACAAUGACGUGUCGGAGGGGAAGACCGAGCACAGCGCCCACGGCGGCGGCAAGAGCUCCGGGGGAGGAGGAGGAGGAGGAGGAAGCGCCAGGGAGAAACGCAACGGCAAAGUCCACAAGCCGGUCCUGCUGCACCAGAACAGCACGGAGGUGUCGUCCACCAACCAGGUGGAGGUUCCUGACACCACGCAGAACUCCCCCGUGUCCAUCAGCAGCGGGCUCAACAGCGACCCAGACAUGGCGGACAGCCCCGUGGUGACCGGGAUGAGCCACGUGGCCUCUGUCAUGUCUGGCCUGUCCCAGAGUGUCUUCAUGUCUGAGGUCACCGGGGACCCCGUUUACAGCAUGUCUCCCACCGGGGGUCCCAACACCCACCUGAUGGGUGCGGAGGCCACCUCGCAGGGCCUGGGGCUCUCCGUGGCGUCUGACCGCCACAAAUUUGCAUUCCCCGGUGGCGGCGGCGGAGGAGGAGGGGGAGGAGGAGGAGGGGAACCUGGGACCGCCGUGGCAGGGGACGGCCUGUCCAUGCUGUCUUCCGCCGGGGUGUCCGAGGAACUGGUGCUGUCCAGCAGCCUGGACGCCGGGAGCAUCAAGAUCCCAGAGACCAACAUGAACUUUGAUCCCGACUGCUUCCUGAACAACCCCAAGCAGGGCCAGACGUAUGGCGGGAGCGCAAUGAAGACGGAGGGCAACUCCUCCUCGACGUCAGCCUCCUCCGGCGGAAGCAGUUGCACCAACGGCGGCCUGCAGCGCCCCCCCGCCAUGUCAGACAGCGGCUACACCUUCAGCUCCGCUUUGGUGAAGAAUAUCAAGAUAGAAGACACGUCGUUUGAGCAGCAGCUGGCCAAAGAGAGCGGCUACCAGGUGGCGCCGGUGGUGAACUGUGGCAGUGGGGUGUCCGUGGCGUCUGGUGCCGGUUCAGGCCACGGCAGCCUGACUUUGACGGCAGCGGGAUCCCUACUUCCCUCUGGCGGGGGUCUGAGUCCCAGCACCACGCUCGAACAGAUGGACUUCAGUGCUAUAGAUGCCAAGCAGGACUACGCUUCCAGCGCUACGGCAGUGAGCUACGGUCAGGCCAUGUCCGGUACUCACAUGCAACACCAGAGCCGUUCCCCCAGCUUCUUCCUCCAGGAGCCUCCUCAGAGCGGCCCGGCUCAGCAGGGGAGGCCCGGCAUGGGCCAGAAAACCCAUUUGAUGGAGCACAGCUCCCACGAAUCUGGCGCCUACAUGGGCCUGCAGGUGGUGAAGACGGACUCCCCCGGCAGCAACGGACACCUCCACCAUCACCACCAGGCCCACCAGGCCCACCAGACCCAGCACAGGGCCAACUGCAACGGAGGCUCACCCACAGAGGGGCCUGGCCCGGCCGGCUCUCUGCAGCUGCUACAGUACCAGGGGGGCUUUCCCGGACUGGGCGCUCAGCACGAGGAGGUGGUGGGUCUUGAGCAACAAGGCAGCGUGAGUUCAGCUCAGGAUGGAGUCACCGAGAAUGGAACUGAGAAUCUACUCAAGCCGGUGGACCACAUCCAGGCCUGUGGGGCGGGACACGGAGAGGGCGCGGAGCACUACCUGCAACAGGCCUCGGACGGUGGUGGCGGGGGCGGGACUGAAGGCGCGGGGGACGGCGUGGCGAUCCACAACGGCAACAGCGACGGCGGCAACCGCUCCCAGCAGCAGCAGCAGCAGCAGCAGCUACAGCCUCUCCUCCAAGGGCCGAGCAUGGUCCAGGGUCUCUACAACGCGGUCGGGGGCCACCAAGGCCUCGGAGGAGCGGCCAGCAACGGGGGGGCUGGGGGGACUGGCAUGGAGAUCAGUCUGGAUCACUUUGACAUCUCUUUUGGCAACCAGUUCUCUGACCUGAUCAACGACUUCAUCUCGGUGGACGGCAGUGGAGCCGCCAUGUCAGCCGGAGGGGCUCUGUACGCUCACCAGCUGGUCACAUCCCACGGCUCCAACAGUCAGAACGCAGGGGGUGGGGCCCCGCAGCAAGGCCAGGAGGAUGGAGGGACCAGGGGCUCCGGCUACAGCCCCACGGAGCUCUGCCUCCAACCCUGCUGCAGCCCCCAGUCUCUGAGCGCGGGGGCUGGGGCGGGGGGGAGCGCCGGAGAGCCCGGCUCGUUGUCCUACAUGAAUGUAGCAGAGGUGGUUUCUGCAGCCGUGGCCCAGGGGGCUCUGGGGAUGCUUCAGGCCACAGGCCGGCUCUUCAUGGUCACUGACUACUCCCCCGAGUGGUCCUACCCCGAGGGCGGCGUUAAAGUGCUGAUCACCGGGCCCUGGCAGGAAGUCAGCUCAAACUACAGCUGCUUGUUUGACCAGAUCUCGGUGCCGGCCUCUCUCAUCCAACCGGGGGUGCUGCGCUGCUACUGCCCAGCACACGACACAGGUCUGGUGACGCUGCAGGUGGCAGUAAGUAACCAGAUCAUCUCCAACUCGGUGGUGUUUGAGUACAAGGCCCGUGCUCUUCCGUCGCUGCCGUCAUCUCAGCACGACUGGCUCUCGCUGGAUGAUAACCAGUUCAGAAUGUCUAUCCUGGAGCGCCUGGAGCAGAUGGAGAGGAGGAUGGCAGAGAUGGCCAGCCACCAGCAGUCGAGCAGUGCAGGGAGUGGCGGAGCCGGGGGAGGAACGGGGGGAGGAGCGGGAGGAGGAGGAGGAGGGGGAGGAGGCGGCAGCGGAGGAGGAGGAGGCAACAACAGCCAGUCGCAGUGUUUAUCUGGUCAGGCCAGCAGCUCCUUUGAGAGCCGCGUCGUUGUGGUCUGUGAGAAAAUGAUGAGCAGAGCGUGCUGGGCCAAGUCCAAACAUUUAAUCCACUCUAAGACCUUCAGAGGCAUGACGCUCCUUCACCUGGCCGCGGGCCAGGGCUACGCCACCCUCAUCCAGACGCUCAUCAAGUGGCGCACCAAACAUGCUGAUAGCAUCGAUUUGGAGUUAGAGGUGGACCCUCUCAAUGUGGAUCACUUCUCCUGCACGCCCCUGAUGUGGGCAUGUGCGCUGGGUCACCUGGAGGCGGCAGUGGUCCUGUACAAAUGGGACAGGCGUGCCCUAGCCAUCCCAGAUUCCCUGGGCCGCUUACCCCUCUCGAUUGCCCGAUCUCGUGGUCACACCAAACUGGCCGAGUGUCUUGAGCAGCUACAGCGGGAGGAGCAGCAGCAGCCCCCGGCCCCUCUGCCGCCCCCGACUCGCAUGUCUUUCUCCCCGGCCCCGGACACCCCCACCACAGACAGCUGGAUGGUCAGCUGGGCGAACAGCAGCGGAGUGACGCCAAGCGGCAAGAAAGGGGGUCCUGCCGCCACUACGACCACAUCCGGCACCACAAGCCUCAAUCCAGACUUGAGGAGACCGAGGUCAGAGCCGUCCAACUACUACAGCAGCGAGGGCCAAAGGGACCUCCCACUAGCUAAAAAACAUAAACCCAACCCAGAACUGUAUCAGACCCGGCCCGACAAGGCCAUGUCUGUCCCUCUGAGCCUGGAGCAGCAACAGCUCCACAAUCUGUCCUCCAGCCCCAGGAGCCUGUCCUCAGAGGGCCUGAGCUCGGACAAGGGCCUGUCCCCAGGGGGCGGCACGGGGACGACCAGAUGGAGCCCCAGAGAGACGUUCUCCAGCGGUGGCAUGGCCAGGAAGUCAUUGGGCGUCAGUGGCGGCAGCAGCAACAACCCGGGGAAGGAGAAGCUGGUGAAGCGGCUGCGUCAACGGGAGCAGCUGGACAUGCUGGCGAUGGCCGACAGGGAAAUGGCUGAUGCGGAACUCUUGUCCUAUCGGGAGGACCUGGAGAGCCAGGACUGUCUCACGCAGAUGGAUGACCUGCAGGCGAAUAUGAUGACUCUGGCGGAGCACAUCAUCGAAGCGACUCCAGAGAGAAUCAAAAGGGAGAACUUCACCGCGGCGGACUCGGUGCCCUUAGACACGUCGGGUGUCAGCAACACCAUGAACUGGCUGGCCAACUACCUUGGAGACGUGGAACAGCUGCCGAGCAUCAUACAUCUCCGCUCUCUUUACAAUGAACCCCUGACCUCAUCCGCCAACCCCACCCUCAGUCCCGGGGUGUCUCCGCUGAGGGAGGGGCCCGCGGAGAGGUCCGCGCUCCCGUCCCCGGCCGACUGGAGCGAGUUCAUCACUGCCUCCAACAGCAAAGUGGAGCGGGACCUGGCCCAGCUGACUCUGUCCGACCCGGAGCAGAGGGAGCUGUACGAGGCCGCCCGGCUCGUCCAAACUGCCUUCCGCAAGUACAAGGGGCGUCCGCUCAGAGAGCAACAGGAAGUAGCGGCUGCUGUUAUUCAACGUUGUUACAAGAAAUACAAACAGCUGACAUGGAUAGCCUUGAAGUAUGCACUUUAUAAGAAGAUGACGCAGGCCGCCAUCCUUAUCCAGAGUAAAUUCCGCAGCUACCACGAGCAGAAGAAGUUCCAGCAGAGCAGGCGGGCUGCUGUGCUCAUUCAGCAAUACUACCGCAGCUACAAGGAGUUCGGCAGGCCGCAGCCCCACCGGCGCGGGGCCGCCGCCGCCGCUGCCCUGGCGCAGCAUAAACUAAGGGGCGGUCUGCUCACAAAGAGGCAGGACCAAGCUGCCAGGAAGAUCAUGAGGUUCCUACGCCGCUGCCGCCACAGUGCCUACUGUGUGCUAAUAGCUGUCUGGUAUUGUUUUGCUGUUUAUGCCAAGCCCCUUGAUGGACCAUAGACUGUUCAAGCGGGGUGAAAGAGUUGAAAAGGGCCAGGGAACAUGAGGCCCCUCAGAAGAGCUCCCUAGCGAUGUGACGUCACUCUCCUGACUCUCCGCCUUUCUUUUUUUGUUUGUACCCGAGACAUUUUACAAGAGAAAUGGGAGUAAAAAAAAAAAAAGAACAUCAAUGCAAGCACUGCGAUUAUUACUACUACUGCAGUGUUACUGGUUCAACUACUAUUACAUGUACAACAGCAUUUUUUCACAUAUCUAUUCUUUCCACUGACUUGAUUUUGAUUGGAGAGUGGCAACUUCUACGGGAUUAUAAACUAAAAGGGUCGGGGGGGUGGGGGGGGGGGGGUACAGAACAUCUGCUUCAUGGCAUUUCUUUGCACUUUUUUUUCUCCUGUAUUGCUUCGUCCUUUUGGAAUAUAAAGAGGCUUUUGGACGGUGAGGACACGCCCGAGGAGCUCUGUCAAACCGGAAGGACCUCAAGACGUAAAUGAAGGCCACCGCAGAAGAUCUCAGAAGACAGGGAGCGGCGCAGAAACACUCGGGCCUCUAAUUGUGUUUUAAGUGACCAAUCAAUUCAUUUGAGCAUAUUUUUUUUUUAGAACCAAAUAUAUUGGUCACCCACACGCCCACUUCUACCCACUGCUGUAGAUUAUAGAGAUAUUCAUAUUAUGAUAUUCAAUUUAGCUCAACGAUCCCUGCUGUCCCACUGUGCUCUACCCCACCAGUUCUUCCUGCACGGGUGGAGCUACGAAUGAAUGUAGACCGGGGGUUUAACCAUGCAGAAGCAGAUGGGGGAUAAAAUAUUUUGGUUUUGCCAUUUCUUUAAAAAAAAAAAAAAAGGAAACCUAUGCUUUAUGGUAUAUAUUGUCACUUUAUUACUUGAAUUUGUUUCAUUCCGUC